ACGGUCGUGUUUUUCCAUUAUGCGCAGGGAGCUGCAGUUCCGCCGCUAGCUUCACAUCCCCGCCAUCAUCUUUCGGGAGCUAGUCCUAACAAUGAUGUUGAUCAAUGCUCUUAAAGAUCUCAAUAGUCUACCUGCAUCUGAAAGCAAGAAUGAUGACUCCAGUAGAGGGUGUUUUACAAAACCUUGCAAUGGGAACAUGAAUGAAAAUGUUGAAGAGAAGCAGAGGGAGAAGUCUUCUCCCAUUCAUGUUAAUGGAGGUGAAACUGUAAAUUCUGGAGUAGAGGUAGCAAAUUCAGAAAUAGAAUUCAUUGAAUAUGAGAACUUGAGUGAUCUUGAAGACAUUGAUACAAGUCUCAAGAAAUCCUUGAAUUUGAGCCAAGGAAUCAAUGUGCUUUUCACGAAGUGUUCUGCAACUGGUGUUGAGGGAAUUAAAACAUAUGGAAUUGACAGAUUGAUCCAAGUAGCUGCAUCCCAGCACAUUGAUCAACAUCCUGAGUCCAGGGAGGCUUGCUCAAACCUUUCUUCUGGAGUGUCAAACUGUAUACAAGAAAUCCUAUUGUCUCUUGUCAGCAACAGUACACAAGCAUCCAGAGUUGGACUCUUGGAAGCACUUUCGUCAAUCUAAACUCUCUCCUUUAAGCGCACAGGCUAUGCUUCGGGUCACCAACACCAAUGUUGCUUAGGAGGGGCUUGUUGUUAGUUCAUGACACAAGUUACUGUUGGGAAAAAUGACGUAGCGAAAUAAAAUAAUUCUUGUGAA